UGUGCUGUUGGGGGGUACUUGAGGACCAUAGUUGGGAAACACUGAUCUAUACCAUUCAGCUUGGCCUGUUUGGUUUUGACAAGAAUGCUAUAUARUAUAGACUAUCAGUAACAUUUCAACUUACUACCUACAAAUUUAACCCUAACACUAACCCUUAUCCUAACCCUAAACUUAACCCUUACCCUAACACUAGCCCUAACCUUAACCCUUACCUUUAUUCUAAACCUUGCCUUAACCGUAAACUUAGCAGACAGUUGCUUAUCAAUCGACAGUCAGUUGAUUAUCAGAUAAUUUGUUGAUAGUAUGACCAUCUGUAGAGCAUCUACAGAAGAACUAUCCAAAUAAAGUGUGACCGAAUAUUUACCUAAUCUUAGAGGUAAUAGUUGAAGAUGUUAAGGAUUUAAGGUUAAUGCAUUAAUCAGAGAAUCAAUCUAUUCUAUGUAAAUGUACUACAUCAUUGAGCACACCUCAUAUCAGGGCUCUCUAAACCCUGUUCCUGGAGCGCUACCCCCCUGUACGUUUUCGUUCAAAACCCAGUUGUAACUAACCUGAUUCAGCUUAUCAACCAGCUAAUUAUUACAAUCAGGUGUGCUAGAUAAGGGUUGGAGCGAAAGCCUACUGGGCGGUGGCUCUCCAGGAAUAGGGUUGGAGAACCCUGCUUUAUAUCAAGGACUGAAAAAAAGUGAGAUGGGAACGAACGUCUGUGGUUAUUUGUAUAGCUGUGCCAAAAACACCAGGUGUGUCUGUUCUCCAUCUGGGUAUUUAUCUUUCUGUUUUGUUUUUCUGUCUCCUCCAAGAGCUCAGACAGAGUGCUGAACCGCAUCGGCAGUUUGUUUUCCAUAAAGAAGAAGAAGAAGAGCCGGAGCGGUUCACUCUCAGCAGACUCAGAGGAUGGAUCCUGGCUUGGUCCUGGCUCUCCCGUCUCUCCCCAGUCCCCUGGUUCUCCCGUCUCCCCCCAGUCCCCUGGUUCUCCUCUCUCCCCUCACCAACCUCCACAGGAAGACUGGCAAAGGACCCCCACCACCACCCGGAGAGAGGGGGAGGUAGUGGAAGCCGGAGCUGGGCCAGUGCAGGGAAGUUUGUCAGAGCUCCAGGAGGAGGGAUCGGUGUUCAGUACCAGCUCCAGCCCUGGUACCUCCAGCCUAGCCUCUCUGGUGGUGGUGGACAGAGGGGACCUUUUGUUUGCAGGCAGCGACAACAGCGGUCAUGGCAGCGUGAGGGAGAUGCAGGUGUGCAGGGCGAGCCGGGCCGAGGCAGAGUCAGACGGAGAGGCAGACAGGAAUUCUUGGAAUCUGACUCCCACGAACUCGUCCUCCACCGGAGCAGACCAAGUCCCAGGGCUCAGCCCCACUGAGGACGUAGUGGGAGAGGCGAGCAGGAGGCUGCAGGUACAUCUGGAACAAACCACUGUGAAAGACAGAGAGGGGUCGGGAGGGGGCAGCCCAGUGGUCCAAAACACCCUCAGGUCGUUUGAACUCUCCCAAUCUCACCUUAAGACUGACUUCACCUCUCUGGUCACAGAGUCUAAAAAGACCUCGCUGAAAACAUCUGUUAGAGGGAAGGGGAGUUACCUGGUGGGAGUGACUGUAGGCUCUCAGUCACACACCCCGUCCUCCUCAGAUACCCAGCCAGAGGGGGAGGAGGGGGAGGACAGCCCAGCCAUGGGGAAGAAAAACAGGAGGAGGGCUCUGAAAUCCACCAGCAGCWGCUCGCCUGAAACAGCUCCCCCCACACAGGCCACGUUACAUGGGGGAGAGGAGGGGACGACGCAGGACUCACCAGUGAAGCUACACAAAGCCUUGUGGGUGGAAACACACGUGGGAGAAGAGGAGGGGGAGAGGAAAGGGAAGAGGAAGAGUGUACACUCGCAUUCAGUCCUGGCCGUACCUAUGACUGUGGCCCCUGUAGAGUACCCUGAUACUGCAGGUGUCCUGGCCACUCUAACUCCUUCAGCAGUAUCAGCAGCAGAGGCCAGUGGCAGAGAGCCAAAGCCAAAGCUGGCUGUAUCUACAGCACCAGCCUCCAAGGAGUCCAAAACAACAAACAAAGCCCAGCCAGAGGCGAACAGUCCAGGCACAGACUCAGAGAGCAGCACCCCUCUAGAGUACCAGAUGGCCCUGAGCAAAGAGGAAAAGUGCAGGAGUGUGAAACUGUCCCGCAGUGAGAAGAUUUUCCCUAAGAAGGUGUAUGUGAGCCCUGAGCCCAGUUUUGACGGGGACAAGCAGACAAAAACAGAGCUAGAAAAGAAUGACAUCACAGACUUGGCUUCAAAGAUUCCUCAGAAGUCAGAGGUGAAACUCUUGCCAAGCCCCAAAAAAGUUAAUGUAGACCUCAAGGAACCAAACAAUGACUGUAUCAUCACUGCUGGAGAAAUAACCAAGGGUACAGACUCUGAUCGAAGACACCAUGACCCCAAGGCUGUAGACAGUUCCCCAACGUCCCCAACCCCAGAGCUGGAUGAGGCCUCUCCAACCACAACUAUGCCAGGACGUAAAACACAGCCCAACACAGAAGGUUCAAGGGUUAGAUGUCAGGGGACGACCCAGGUCACCCCGUCUAAACCAGGUGACAAAGUAGGCAAUGUAGCCAGUCGGUCAAAGUGCCCACCUCCUCCGGUUGGACCCAAGUCCAAAGCUGUCCUGGGCAUGGCUAAGGGAAAGGGUCUCAAAUAUGGUGGAAAGGCAGGGAUUUCUAGUGGGGCUCCAUCACAAAGGACACCUAAAGAUGGCGGUGAGAAAACAGAGGUUAUGUCACCUACAUUAAAGGAUCAACCCACUGCAGGAAAAACAGAGGUCACCGACAGCCCCAAGUUGAAAAUUCCUAAAAAGUCACAGACAGAAGCCAUAUCAAAACCUCCACUGUCACCAGGCACAACCUCAGUGGUUGAUGUUUCAGUGGCUGUGUCUCUACCUGUGCUUGGUUCCAAACCCCAGAAGAUCCCUAAACCUAAACAUUUAAUGAUUAAAACAGACAAAAAGCCUAUCACCAAGGAGGUGAAUGAAGUGGGUUCAGGGGGGAAACCAACAAAAGGGCCUGUUACGUCAGAAGAGGCAUCACCUACUAAAGUACCAGUCAUGUCACCUGUGAACUCAUAUAUGGUAAACCUGUUCAAUGGGAUGGAGAAAGACCUUGAGGACAACAACACUGACAUAGCCAAAACAAGUGAACCCAAAGAUGUCAAAAAGCAGGCUCCCACACGCCCAGACAGCACCAACAGCAGCAUGAUACCAAAGAGCCGGUUACCCAAAGCCCCUGACAACUCUUUGUCUCUGGUCAGAAAGAUGAAAGACGGCAAACUCCAAACCAUCGACACAGGGAGUAAAACUACCAAAACCACUGAGAGAGCAUCAGUUGUCAAUAGUAGGCCUUCCACACCAACCAGCCCAAAGCAGCAGGAGCUUCCCAGCCCAGAGAAAAAGCCCCCAGAUGAGACAAUGACCACUGAACCUGAGAAGGGAAACAAGCUGCCCUGCCCUUUGCAAACAAACCUGCCCCAACAGGCCUCCAAUAAGAGCAUCCCCCAUGACGACGGGGACACACCCACCCCUCCCUCACUGUUACCAACCAAGCCAGAGAAACCCGCCUCCCUUGGACUUAAGAAGAAGAGUAACAUCACAUCUCCCACCAUGGACAUGACUGCUGAUGAUUCUGGGAAGGCUUCACCACUGAGUUUGAAAAGUCCAGUGAAAGAUCCAAGUGAUUCUGUGACUGUGGCUAGCAAGCGUGCAAUGUUCCGUCAGAUAACCGCCCCUAAAGGCAAGCCCAGCAAGCCCCUCAAGAAAUCUGAGCAAACUAUCCUCUCUGAAACACAAUCUAAAUCCAUACAAGAUCAUGUGUCACUGGUCACAGAUAACUCUCAAAUAGAUGAUCAACAAACCACACCAGCAACACACCAGCAACUGUGUGUAAAUGAUCAAACAGAUGAACCAGCAGUCACUGGAACAAAGAAAUCACUGGAGGACAGGAGCAGUAGUAGUACACCUGAAACAAAACUGGAUAAAAUAUCUGAAAAUGCACAAAAAAAAUCUAUAUCAGUCAAAACUACCUGUAUUACAAAGGAACAACAAACCAAACCAUACCCAGAUCUCUCAUCCGAGACAGAGAGUGACCACAACUAUGUGGAAGCCUUAACCAAUACACCACUGCAGCAGAUGGGCCCUGUAAGCCCAGGUGUAGUCCUGGAGAAACGUCCAACUGAACCAAGCCUCAUUGUGUCUGCCUCAAGCACACCUACCCAUGAGGAAGUAAUAUAUUCAUCCACCAAGCCUGAGUUGACUGACCACAUUCAUACUGACACUGAGACCCAAGCUAAUCAGAAAAGUGAUGAGUAUAAUGAAAAUGCUUCUCCAGCUUCAGAGAAGCUCAUACUUAGUGCUGGAGAAGGGAUAUCCAAUACGAAUCAGCCUGUGGAACAUGGCCUGGAUGUAGCAAAGGAUAGCUCACCCCAAAACGCCUCCACUGUGGUUGAAAGAAGAGAGAGUCAAGAUACGGCAACACAGUCAACUUUCUUUGGCUCAGAGGAAAAAUCUAAGAUACUAGCUAAUGCUCAAACCCCCGAUAUAGUACCUAUUCGUAAUGGCAUAGUUUCUGAUAUAUCCAUAGUGUCUGGGAAUGAGACUGAAGUACAGAAGGGGGGAGAGCCAGUGAAGAUCUCCGACAUCAUAACAGAGGCUGCGAUUGUUCUGAAACCAAUUAAAAAUGGUGAUGUCCAACUGAACAAAGAGCUUCCUUCACUGACACAGAAUUUGGCAGAUGCACAUAGCGGGCCACACAAAGAAAACAAAGAGGACAAACUAGGUGAGGCGGCAACUAAGAGCACAGUUACUAAGAUGGAUGCAAAACAGGAAUCAAAGACCAUAACUACAAAAGAUCAGAAGGAGAAAGUGAUAAAACAAGAAGAAAGACCCAGCGAAGGAGCGACUAAGAUAUUAGACACAAAACAGGACUCAAAAUCCAUAAGAACAAAAGCUGAGGAGAAGAAGGUCUUGCUCCUCAAAGAACCCCCUAAAACGACAAAAGCAAACCCCAAGGCUGAGCUGCCUCUUCAGCUGCCAACUUCUCUGAAGCUCCCCUCUCCCCCUAAACCUCUCCCUCUGAAACAGGAAUCUCCGUCCAGCUGGCUGAACGUGGAGCGCGGCUCCAAACAGGAGCAGAAGAGGGAGACCAAGAGAAGGCUGGACUGUUCAGCCAGUGAGGAUGAGAGUCUGGUUGAGACUGACAAUGUGGAUGACUUCAUCAGGAGCAUUAAGGAACUGGGCACCCCCUUUCCCCUGCCCCCCAAGAGGCACCACGACCAUGCCAAGAACUCCUCGCCCCCCUUUGCCCUGCCCGCCAUCAAGGAGGACCGCUUCGAGAACCCUUUUGACGCUGAUGGCUUCCAGUUUGGCCUGAAAAAGAGGACAAAGGAUAAAGAAACCCCGGCCAUGUUGAUAAAGAAACAGGCCAAGGAGGAGAAGACACAGACAAGAAGAGCUAAUGCAGAGGACAGCCUUCUCUUCAAAGCCAUCCAGUCUCCAUCUGUAGCCCGGAGAAAACCAGGGUGUCAAACAGAUGGGAAAGAUGGAGAGGUGGAAAUGAAGGUAGAGGUGAAGAGGAAAGUAGAGAAGAAAGAGGAGCAAGGGGAAGAAACUGGACAGCUCACGUCACGGCUAGGAAGGACGUCCCUACUCUCCAACCUAUUGAGCUCCCCCAGGACUUCCAGAAGGAACAAAGGGGAUCCUUCCUCCUCAGUCUCAAAUGGUGCUCCUCCCUCUUCUACCACCCAGGGCACAAUGCCAGAAAGGGCGGGUUGGAGAAGUAUGAAUCCGGGCCUGAGUAUGGGUGUGGUUGCAACUGGUGAGUCAAUAAUCAGUCCCUCCUCACCUCCUCCUCUCCCCUUGUUCACUCAGCUAAAGCUGCCAGAUCCCCUGGAGCAGUAUCUCAGGACAGACAAAGAAUCUUCACAGAGUAGUGCUACACAGAGUACAAUGGCUAGCCCUGUAAUGGGCUUAGGUCACGGUACUGGACUAAAGGGACUUACCUUAGGACUUCAUCCAGCCACCAACCACAUCCCACAGGCCCCUCUGAAUGGUCUUCCUGCAGCCAACCCCAAGAUUCCAGAAGUGAGAGGGUUCCACAAACGGCCCGGGAAGAUAGUGCUCCAUGAGCAGGCUCAGUUUGAAGGAGAGGCCUACGAGGUGUUUGGGGACGUGGAGGAUGCCUCCGUGAUGAAGCUGUCUCCUGUCAUCUCAGUCAGGGUCAUCAGGGGAUGCUGGCUGCUGUAUGAGAAGCCAGYGUUCCAGGGGCGGACCAUCGCCCUGGAGGAGGGGCCCAUGGAGCUGGUCAACGUGUGGGCAGAGGAGGUGACGCCAGGGGCACUGGAUCACAUGGGUCUGCCUGUGCCAACCUCACCCAUGGUCAUCGGAUCUAUCCGCCUGGCAGUGAGGGACUACAGUCUACCUCGGAUUGACCUGUUCACUGAAGUGAAUGGUCUGGGGAGAAUGACAUCCUUCUGCGACGACACUAUUGAGAUCUGCUCUUACGGGAACAUACAGAACACCGGCUCCAUCAAGGUCCACUCUGGAGUCUGGCUGGUGUAUGGUGACCCAGGGUUUGGGGGUCUCUUAUCGGUGUUGGAGGCGGGCGAGUACCCCUGUCCAGAGGCCUGGGCAUUCCCUCAGCCCUUCAUCGGAUCGCUGAAAACACUCAAAAUGGGUGGGAUAAAGGUGGAGCAUCCUAAUGAAGUAAAGGCUCUGGUGUACGAGAGACCGUGCUUCGAGGGCGAGUGUGUGGAGAUUGACGAUGAUGUGUACGACUUCAGAGAGGGAGGAGAGGAGAAAGAGGGGGGGGCAGAGGAGGUGGUGGAGGAGGAGCCAGAAGGUAACCCAGUCAGAAGGAAGACGUUGUGUUCUGUGGGAUCCAUCAAGAUCAUUCGUGGACUCUGGCUGGGUCAGAACUACUCUAUCACCCUGUGUGUUCCUGAUUGUCCCUGUAGCUGGCUGGGUGGCUAUGAUGAGCCAGAGUUUGAAGGUCACCAGUAUCUCCUGGAGGAGGGGGAGUAUCCUGACUGGAGGGAGUGGGGAGGCUGCGGAGACCAGCUCCUGUCACUGCGCCCUGUACGCACUGAUGUCCUGUCUCCCCAUGUGAAGUUGUUCAGUGAGAGGGACUUUGGGGAGAGAGGGGUCAACAUGGACCUGCUAGGGCCUGUCAUUAACAUGGAGGACACCGGCUUCGGCUCGAAGACACAGUCCAUCAAUGUCCAGGGUGGAGUGUGGGUUGCCUUUGAGAACCCUGGGUUCUCCGGAGAACUUUACAUUCUAGAGAAAGGCCUCUAUGGAAGCCCAGAGGACUGGGGAGGACCAAACCUCAAGAUAUCCUCACUGCAGCCAGUCUUCCAAGAUAACCUGGGUGGAUCAAGCAAGUUCAGGCUCCAGCUGUUCUCAAAGCCUGGGUUCCAGGGCAGAGUGGUGGUACUGGAGGACAGUGUGGUAUCCCUGGAGGAAGACUUCUCCCCUGGCUCCUGUAGAGUACUGGCUGGGAGCUGGGUGGCGUAUGAGGGAUCCCAGUUCACAGAGCACAUGUAUGUCCUGGAGGAGGGAGACUACCCCAACACUGAGUCCAUGGGCUGUCUGGGUCCUCACUCUACCAUCCGCUCCAUACAGACCAUCAGCCAUGAGUUCUCCCUCCCGUCCAUAACGUUGUUCAGUAAGGUUGGCUGUAGAGGCCGUAGGGUGGUGCUGACGGGAGGGGUGGUGAACCUGCAGCUGGCUGGGAUGGACGGACGCAUACGCUCCCUGGUUAUCGACGGAGGAAUGUGGGUGCUGUAUGAGGGGUGUCAUCACCGCGGCCGUCAGAUCCUGCUACCGCCCAGCAAACUGGGUGAUUGGUGCAAGUUCAGCAGCUGGCCGCGAAUCGGAUCCCUGCGACCACUAUUGCAGAAGCAGGUGUACUUCCGUCUGCGAAGCAGGGAGACGGGCUACGUGAUGUCCCUGUCAGGGCCUCUGGAUGACAUCAAGCUGCUGCGGGUUCAGGCCCUGGAGGAGACUGGGGGAGUGGACCAGGUCUGGCUCUUCCGUGACGGAGUCCUACGCUGCAAGCUGGUGGAGGACUGUUGCCUGCAGAUCACGGGGAGCGUUGUCAUGGCGGGCAGCAGGCUGAGUGUGUCUCCUCCGGAGCCAGGGAAAGACAACCAGCUGUGGAACAUUACCCCAGACGGCCUGGUCCGAUGCCACCUCAAACCUGAUCUGGUGCUUGAGGUUAAAGGUGGACAAAGUUAUGACAAAACUCAAGUGAUUCUCAACACAUUUGAUGAGAGAAAACACAACCAAAGAUGGUCUUUGGAGAUCCUGUAAUAUAGUAUCAAUAGGCCUGGCCCUUCUACAGCAGCUCUGCCGUGGGCUUCAGAACUCUCUGGUGCAGCUCUGCCGUGGGCCUCAGAGCUCUCUGGUGCAGCGAAGCCAAGGGUUUAAGAGCUUUCUUGCAUCAGAAGGCCAUGGGACUCAGAGCUCUGUGAUGCAGUUCCACCGUGGGACCCAUACUCGAGAUAUUCUGAAACAUUUGUUGAGCUUGUGCGCAUCCAUACUAGACUGUUUGUGAAACACAACUAUAAACUAGUAAACUACACAUUUCCAAGUCACUGCAACGAGAAAGAAACCAAACAACAUGUGGCUACAGAACUAUCUAUAGAACAAGGGCAGCAGGUAGCCUAGCGGUUAAGAGCAUUGGGCCUGUAACUGAAAGGUCGCUGGUUCGAAUCCCCGAGCCGA